AACACCGAUUGUUCCUUCCCAGGCCGGCUUCGAUAAUCGUCGACACUGUUACUGGCUCACCAGUGAGUUCAGGAUCAUCUUCUUACCCCAUAUCUCUCAUCCAUAUGGGUGGCUUUCCGCACUAAACGAGACGUCGAGACAUCAUUUGUAACACACUUCCUAAUUUCAAACUACAUAACACGCCUCCAUGGUUUUCUUCUCUGACUUUCUCCCGAAAUUAGACCAACCCCGCUCGACAACAAGCCAGCCCCACGUGUCUGGGGACGCUUACGAACAGCUUCGAUGUAAUAGUACCCAUGUGCUUUUCUCACCUCUCGGGCCACUGCCUAGCCGCAGGUCUUCAUUUCCUCCUUCUGGCGCUGCGGGAGCAUUCUCCGGCUCUCUGCGUGGCGUUGAAUCGCCGAAAUUUGGGGCGAUUGGGCCCAACCGGCGGCCUGGUCCACCGGGCGAAUAUGUGUGGCGAACUGAACUAGACGAGUAUAAUUCUAGUGUGGGAGCCGUCACUAUUCCUCAGAAUCGCCUGUGGUCAAGGUUCGGCCUGGAGGAUGGAACCAGCGGAUCGAGGGGCAGGAGAGCGUCCUCUUCUAUCCUCACAAACGCGGCUGGACUCAGGAUCUGCAGAGAGUGUAAGCAAACAGGGAGAUAUAAGGACGGAAAGUGCAUCGAAAAAUGGGGUCCAGGACCUGCCGGUCCUGGCACCGUCUGUGAUCGGUGCCGGAAACGCAUGAAGAGAUCCCAACAAAGAAUCGCAGAAGCAGAGGCAACGCUCGCAAUGAUGUCCCAUACUUCGUUUGGUCAUUCACAACCCAAUUUUCACACGCUGCAGCAUCCCGAGCAGCCUAGCGCGCCACCAGCUAUGCCUGAGAUGAGUGGACACCUCCCAUGUCCGGACGUCACAGGCAACGAAUUACCCCGUGCCUACAUGCCAUCGGCCUCAACAAGCACAGGAUCAAUAAUGAGGAUUCAAUCACUACUCGGCGACAGUGUUGGCUCUGCUCCGAGCCGGCCGAGAAGUGGUAUGUCUCAUCGUCCAGGGUCAUCGUCUUCAUUAUCCCGGUCGGAUUCUUCUGAAUCACUGGGAGAGACGGAAGCCGAUGGGCCGAGCCAGUCGCAUAAUAGCAUCAGUUAUGAAGAUAACUUGUACUCUCAAGCGGCUUCGAGGUCCAUGACACCGUGAUGUCAGUUCCUUCCGUCCAAGCUUCGCAGGUCUUAAUGUCGCCAUUUUUGGCAUUGACGGAUUUUCAUUGUGUGUUUUGGGCUAGGGUUGUUUUUGAUCAGCAAACUCCGCUCGUGUAUGUCGCAUCGGAUCUGCCCCAUACACUCUCACCUACCUUGUCGUAUACGCUUUUGCAUUAGCGGAAAUCCUCUAGACGAUUUUCACGUUAUAUUCCUG